UCAGGAAAUAACACUGCAUAUGUUCUAUAGCAGACGAACGUUCGAUUAGGUAGAAUAAUGAAGAAAUUUGUGCUGAAGCCAGGUGCACGGGUUGUUCGAGGCCCUGAUUGGAAUAGUAAGAAACAGGACAGCGGUGAGGGAUAUCUCGGCACCAUCAUCUUUGUCCCAAAGUCAGAAAUGUCGGACAAGAAAGUAACAGUCAUAUGGGAUUCUGGUAGAGAACUGCGGUAUCGCGCUGGACAGGAAGGGAAAUACGAUCUCAGAGUUUUUGAUACCGCUCAAACUGGUGUCAAACAUGAAUAUAUCUCCUGUGCUGAGUGUAAAGUGAACCCGAUUGCUGGUAUACGAUGGAAGUGUUCUUCAUGUGCAGACAUCAGCCUUUGUACACCCUGCUACAUGUCAGACAAACAUGACACCAAACAUAGCUUUGUUAGGAUUGAUAUGGAGAUGGCUACCCCAUGGGCAGUACUGAAGCGAGAAGGAAGUCAGCAGAUCGACUCUAGGGGUCUUUUUGAAGGUACUGAAGUGAUGAGAGGACCCCACUGGAAAUGGAAAAAUGUGGACGGACGUGAGGGGGAGAUUGGCACUGUGACAAAGCUAAAAGAUUGGAAGAACCACUCUCAGCGAGGGGGCGUGUCGGUGAUGUGGAAAUCCACCAAAGAGGAACAUUUACAUCGCCUGGGUGGAGAAGGAUGUGUAGAUGUUGUCUUCACACGAAGUAAACAGGCAACAUCAGGGGGUAAAUACUACCCAGAACAUCUACCAUUGGUUGAUGUAGUAAACAAGGGGAACUUCACAGUGGCUUUAAAACCGUCAGACAAAGUUAAGGUGUGUAUGGAUAUGAAGUCCCUACGACAGCUGCAGGAUAGUUCAGACAAACAUUCGCCAUGGAGUGAGGAUAUUGAACAGUGUAUCAAGGAAGAGGGCACCCUUAUCCAGCUGCUACACAAAGGAGAGGCUGCCAAGGUCCAGUAUAUUGAUGGCAAGACAUGGGACCUCAAUCGCAAGGCUCUUACUCGGAUUCAUACUUUUAGUAAAGAUGACUUGGUGGAAAUAUUGGGAGACAUUGAAAAAGUCAAGAUGUUACAAACAGGUCACGGUGGCUGGAAUGACGACAUGAAACAGGUACUGAACAAACAGGGGCGCAUCGCACGUAUAGACAACGAUGGUGACAUUCGUGUCAAAGUCAAUGAUAGGAUGUGGAUAUUUAACCCAACAUGUGUCAGUGCAUAUACCCCACGAGGAGCCGAAUCUGACUCUCCUCCAUCUCUGUUUCUGGGAACAUCAGUAGUAGUAGAUGAUGAAGAUGACAGUUCAGAGGAGAAGGAAAUGAGCAUCAGUGGAAGGGAUGUAUCAGAAGCUAUUGCUCAGCUCUUCGUUGACAUGCUCAAGGUUCAACCUCCUACACAGUGUGCUUCUAGGAACAUUGUACAGGCUGCGUCUCAGAACGACUUAAACACUAUACAGCAGAUUCUUAGUGAAAAACCAGACAGGGUGAACUUUGCCCAAGAUGGCAAGACAGCUUUACAUCUGGCGUGUUACGAGGGGCAUUCCCAGAUUGUUGAACUUCUCCUUAAGCAACCAGGUGUCGACCUUGACCUUCAAGAUGGAGAAGGAGACAGCGCACUGCACUAUGCUGCCUUUGGGAAGGAAACAAAUACAAUGAGACAGCUAUUGAAAGCAGGGGCAAAGGUCAACAAAGUGAACAAGGCAGGUCACAGUCCACUACACAUCUCUAUUGGUAAAGCUUGUGAAGAGGCUGUAGAACUCCUGGUCCAGCAUGGGAGUGAUGUUAAUAUUAAGGCAGGUGAUGGUGACACAACCAUGCAUGACGCUGUACAACAAAGAAAUGGGCAACCUCGGAUCAUGGAGGCAGUCCUUAAAGCCCGCAAUGCUGAUUUUACCAUCCCCAACAAAAGUGGCUUCAAUGUUCUGCAAUGGGCAGGACUCAAGAAUAACGUCGGGGCCUUGGAGCUGAUAUUAGUACUGAACAAAAACUUUAUAAAUGACCAGAGUUCCGACGGAUUUACAGUUCUCCACAUUGUCGCUGCCAAUAACUUUGUGGAUGCCACCAACUGCCUGGUGUUAAAAUCUAGAGAUAAUUUGAACAUUGACAUUGGUGACAAGGAAAAGAAAACACCGCUUCAUUACGCUGUAAAUGGAGGUCACAAACAAGUGAUCGAACUCCUCAUAGCGGCAGGAUCUGAUGUGAAUGCCCAAGAUGCCUUUGGAAAUACAGCAUUACACUUAGCACUAACUAGAACAGAUCCUUUAAAAGAGUGUGGUAAGAUUAUGGGUGCUAAGCAGGAACAUGAGGUAACAAUACAGAUCAUUUGUCUGCUUUUGGAGUCCCGGGCACACACCACUAUUAAAAAUAAAGAUGGAGACACACCACUUGACCUCACCUCAGACAUGAUGGUCCGUAAAUUUAUGGAAAGGUUGGCCGAUAAAGCAAAGCACAACAAAUUUGAAACAACAAAACGGGGCAUUAACUUGCCAUCUCACUGGGACACAAUGAAGUCCGGUGAUGGUUUUAAACGUGUCCCUGUGUCCGUGGAGGGUGGCGGCAUGCAGAAAAUGGAGUAUGAAAAUGUAUCCAAGAAAUUCUAUACCACACUACCCCAAGCCGAGGUCUUCAGUAUUCAUCGCAUACAGAACAUGUUUCUGUGGGAGGUCUAUUUCCUGAAAAAACGUCAGCUAGAAGGGCAAUAUGGAAUGGGUGGAGCCAAUGAAAUGGAACUUUUCCACGGGACGCUUCCAGACAAGAUCGACAAAAUCUGCAAAGAAAAUCUGGAUUUUCGCUUGGCUGGUGAGCGUGUUGGUGCCAUAUUUGGACAAGGAACUUAUUUCGCAGUCGAGGCUAAAUAUUCAGAUCUGUACGCUCAAGGCGAUGCAAAUCACCACAAGUUUAUGGUUCUGACACGUGUUUUGGCAGGCAAGUGUUGUUUAGGCAAAAACCAGUAUCGUCGUCCACCACCUGUCGACCCGACUGACCCUCACUCCAGGCUCUAUGACUGCUGUGUGGACAAUGUGAAGAACCCAAAAAUCUUCUGUUUAUUUGAUACAAAUCAAUAUUAUCCAGAAUAUAUCAUUGAAUAUAGGUAAUAAUUUCAUCAUUGUUGAAUUGUUUGAUGGAGAUUGAACAGUGUUAUUGCAGGUUAUUGCUGUGUUAGACUGUGCUAGACUUCAUUCAUGUGAUUUUUGGUUAAGCACCAGAUUAGACACCCAGUAAACAUUAUUACUGUAUAACAGUGAUUGGGGUUGUUUGCUGUGUUAAUCACUCCAUGAACAGACAGGGCUGUUAACUUCCGCACUGAACAACAUAUGGGAGGCCCACAGCCUGCCAUCCAGAGACAUACCUCGGAUCUCAAUCUGAAUUGACCUACGUUCUAACCAACAGAGCUAUCAUGUCCCUGUGUUAAGGUGAACCUUGCUCUCUUCGACUGAUAUACAAGUAUACAAAAUUUGAUAUCCAUGUUCUUGUCCAAACCAGGAAAACAGGAAUUUAUUGACUCAGUGAAAUUAAAUAACGACACAAUGACCUGGCAGAAUUCGCCAGUUAUGUGAUACUAUAAUAAGGAUACAACUGUAGUGACAGUGUUUAUCAUUUUUUCAGAU